AUGGCUUCGCCUUACGCCUUGCCAUCUUCUGCCCUCCCGCACGCCCAUCAGCAUCACAUUCACUCUCAGUCGCACCCACACUCCCUCUCCCCAGGGCCAAGGAGUGCCUGGCGAAGCUCGAUGUCGAGAGAUACGCUUCAGGAGGAGGCGGCUCGCGGCUUCGACCGCGGACACUCGCACUCCCGCCAUCCCUCGCGCAACCGGCCGAGCUCCCAGGCCUCCAACGCCAGCGGCGUCUCGCUGAUGCGAGGGAAGAUUGCGCCCGUCACCCUCGACACCUUGGAAGGAUGGGCGCCCGAGAAGUCGGCGUCGCUGCCGAAGCACGAGCACCAUCACGAUCACGAUCACGACCACGACCACGAUCACGACCACGACCACGACCACAGCCACAGCCACAGCCACAACCAGCUCCAUCAGUUCCAAUUUCACGUCACGCAAGGUGAUGACGCUGGCGUGCACAGUCCCGGCCACGGCCUCGUCCACGCCCACGCUCACGCCAACGACGAGAAGACGCCACGGUCUCGCUUCACCAGGGCCAUUCUUCCCUACACGACCCAGAUUCCCAUCCUCCACGCCAUCCUAGCAGAGAAAGACUCGAGACGGAUUUUCUACUUCAUGACGCUCAACUUUUGCUUCAUGGUCGUCCAGGCCUUUUACGGCUACGUCACCGACUCUCUCGGGCUCCUCAGCGACAGCAUACACAUGUUCUUCGACUGCGUCGCCUUGCUGGUCGGCUUGCUGGCGGCCGUCAUGAGCAAAUGGCCCCCAAGCCAGAAGUUUCCGUAUGGGUUUGGCAAGAUUGAGACGCUCAGCGGCUUCGCCAACGGCAUCCUCCUCAUGCUGCUAAGUGUCGAGAUCGCCUUCGAGGCCUUCGAGCGGCUGUGGGAUGGCACCAAGACGAAGCGUCUGGGGGAGCUGUUGAUCGUCAGCAGCCUCGGCCUCGCCGUCAACCUGGUGGGCAUGAUGGCGUUCGGCCACCAUCACCACGGGCAUGGGGACUCGGGGCACGACCACAGCCACGACCACAGCCACGACCACAGCCACGAUCACGGACACGGACACGGCGAGAAGCACACGCACGAGGGCCACAGCCACAGCCACAGCCACGGCUGCGGAUCGCUCGACAACGAAAACAUGCACGGCAUCUACCUGCACGUCCUCGCCGACACGCUCGGCAGCGUCUCGGUGAUCGUGUCGACGAUCCUGACGAGCCUUUGGGGUUGGUCCGGCUGGGAUCCGCUGGCCUCGUGCCUGAUUGCCGUCCUCAUCUUCCUCUCGUCGAAGCCGCUGGUGGUCUCGUGCGCGAAGCGGCUGCUGCUCAGCGUGCCGGAGGAUGCCGAGUACAACUUGCGCAACUCUCUCGGCGGCAUCCUGCAGCAGCGCGGCGUCACGAGCUACACGGCUCCGAAGCUGUGGCUCGACGACCGGACGGGAAGCGGAGCGGGUAGCACCAAGCUCGUCGGCGUCGUCCACGUCACCGUGGCCCGGGGCAUCUCCAUGGACGAUGCGCGAGACCGGGUGCGGCUGUACCUGCUCGCCGAGGGCAUCGAUGUUGUCGUCCAGGUGGAGAGGGAAGGCGACCACGGAUGUUGGGCCGACGGGAGCUCGGCGUCUGCCUUGACCGUCGAGCGCUUCGGUCCAUCGGUGCCUCCGCCUUCCCCGACGGCAUCGAGCUGGGCGCAGCGAGCUGGCCGGGUCCGAAGCCCGCCGCCGUCACGCCUCCACGGCGCUUGA